AUGUUCGACCAAUUGAUCGCUCAGCUACCUGCUUCUCUGGUAGACACCUUCAGAACCAUCCUAUCGAAAUUAACGAUGGAUUCGUCGAAACCAUUAUUACCCUUCAUCCCCAAACCCAUCAAAGCCCUCCUCUUACUUUUGUUCAUCCUCCAUUCACCCUCAUGGCCGUUCACAUGGCAUAUCAGAGUAUGGUAUUGGGGUAUCAAAGCGUAUUACCUAGCUUAUCGAAAGGGCAGAUCAAAGUAUCUGAAAGACUGGAAAGCCCAGUCAAACAAGCUUGGUGGGAUUAAGGAUUUGAGAACGAGGAUACAUAGGAUAGCAUGGCUGGACGACUGUGAUUAUAACUUACAUUUGAGUAACUCCGCCUAUGCCAAAAACUCGGACGCACUCAAGAUGAAAUGGUGUAUCGAAACGUUAUCACCGAUGUUCACACCUGGCGCUCAUAUGGCUUUGGGCGCCACGCAUUACAACUUCUUCAAGGAGAUUCCACUAGGUGCGGAAUACGUUAUGGAAGCUAGAUGUGGAGGAUGGGAUGAGAAAUGGUUUUACGUAGUUAUCGAAUUCAUCCUAUAUCCUAAGACGUCUUCCAAAUCCAGCUCCAGGACUCAACAAGCUACGAACGCCGCAUCCAAGUCCAUCUCCACUGUCGCUGAGAAAGCUUCGGAAACAAUAUCAUCCACUAGCUCUUCUAGCACCGGUCCGUUGGUUCCUUCCAUCUCCGAUCCUCCUACUCGAUCAACAUCACCCAUCCCACCUACAAACGGCAGCUCAUCCACAACGGCAGCUACGGCAAGUAAAGUAGAGGAGAUCAAACGAUCUUGGGCGGUGAAGAGGGGACAAAGGGCUGAUGGAGGUGUGGUAUGUUGUAUGACUAUAAGUGAAUAUUGCUUCAAGAUGGGUAGAGUAACGAUACCACCGAGGAUCGCUCUAUGGAUGUCACUCCAAUCUCCCUCUACGGCCGAACAAGAUCGAGCCAGAAAAGUAGUCAUGUCGAAAGAUGGUGGAAGGGCGUUCCUACGAGGUGGAUGGAAAAAUGAACCUGAUGCCAAUACCCUGGGUUCUGAUAUUGGAUUGUCACAGGGUGAUGAUGAGAAGGAUAGUUGGGUCGUCAAGGGGAGACAGGGGAUGGAAAGUGUUGUUGAAGGAAUGAGUGCGUUCUGA